CUGCUGUCUGUUUCACCCAAAUGAGGAUGGGUUCCCUGUUGAGUCUGGUUCCUCUCAAGGUUUCUUUCUAUUACCAUCUCAGGGAGUUUUUCCUUGCCACUGUCGCCCUCGGCUUGCUCACCAGGGACAAACUGACCAUUUUGAUUCAUACACAUUCACAUUUCAUACAAACUUAAAUAAUUCUUUUGAUUGUGUAAAGCUGCUUUGCGGCAAUGACAAUUGCUAAAAGCGCUAUACAAAUAAAAUAAAAUUGAAUUGAAUUGAUGUGUCUAUUUAAAGCCACACCUCAGGUCAUGUUAUUUAGGGAGCACCAAUUAGUCUGUGCUGCUGAGAAUACUUCAGCUACAGUAGGUACUUCCUUUUCUUUGGAAGUCUGUGGAAUGUAUAAACCUUUGGGUUUUUUUUUUCUUUCUGUUUUGCAUCUGCAAAUAGGUUGUAAAUAAUUAACAGAGCAAGGGAGAGAAGGAAGCAUUUAUUAGCACACACAGAAAUAAAAACAGACUGCACUGCUAAAACAGGAGAUUAAAAAUCCAGUCUAAAGUUUUAAUGAUGGCCAGUCCUCAGAUACCGCUUAAUGAUCUGGGACAUGGCUGCACCAUUGUCACUCAAGUUGUUCCCUCAACAACUGUUUCAGUUGUAGCAGAACAAAAUUUAUCUCAGAUUCAAAGUCCACUGAAGAAAUUCCUGAAAGGAGAACCCAAAGCACUGGGCGUUGUCCAAAUAAUGAUUGCUUUGUUGACGAUAUUGUUUGGUAUCGUGAUGAUGUUCCCUGCUCAGACCAUACAGACCACCAGCGUGAACUCUGGAGUUGUUUUCUGGGGCUCACUGAUUCACAUCAGCGCUGGGUCUCUGGCUGUUUCAGCGAGCAACAAGCUUAAUGUCUGUAAGGUAAGAGCUGCUCUGGUUCUAAAUAUUUUUAGCACAAUAGCUGCAGGAAUCACCGUCAUCAUCCUUUCUGUGGAUUUGCUGCAUGGCCCGGUGUAUGACUGCUAUGACUAUCACGGUUAUGAAUGCAGAUAUAACUACAUUGCAGCGAGCCUUUUCAAUGGAAUCACUGGAGUUCUGCUGAUUUUCUCUCUGCUCCAGUUUGCCGUUUCCAUUGCAGUUUCAGCCUUUACCUGCAAAGCCACCUGCACCGAUCAACCUACUCUGAACAUUAUCAAUGUGGUUCAGAACCCGGCAAGUGGUGUUCCUGUGGUCAUUUCCAACCCAGCUUAUCAUGCACAACCGGGUGUGCGUACAAUAAAUGAUAUGCCCAGGAGCAGUUCACCUCCAGUCUACUGUGAGGCUGAUGACAUUAAUGGUAACGGUUAG